GUUUACACAACCAUAAACAAAAGGUAAACUCCGAUCCCAAGUUUUAAGGUGCAGCACAUCAGUGGGAUUUAUCACUGCAGGUGGUUAGGUUAGCUAUGAGAUGUUCUUGUUUGUUUCGAGUUAAACCUCAAAAUUAAAGAUAUAAUGAGCAGAAAAGCCUCUCUUUGGAAAUCAAAUUUCAUUUUGUUUCGAGAAUUCAUCUUCCAAAACUCAAUUUCACGGCAUUCCUUGUGCAUUUUUAGUCCUCGAAUCCGUAUAAUUUUCCUUCCACGUUAUGUCUCAACUCUUAAGUGAUAUGGUCAUCCAAUUAAUCUGUUAAUCAGUCAACGGUGUCUAGUCUAGUGUAAAAGGGACUUCACUUGUAGCUAAGUGAUCUUAAGUUCGAAACCUCAUGACAACUUGUAUUAGUGUGUGAGAAAACUCCCAUUUCCCUUCCUAAUUGUGGCAACCAAAAAAAAUUUCUGUUAAUCAGAAAUCUUUCCAACAACAAAUACCGAGUAAGUAAGCCGAUUGUUUUCUUCAACUAUUGAAGAGUUAUUUAUGUUCUCUUUCUUAGCAUUUUAAAUGGGCCAUGCUUGGGCACAAAUUUUGGUUUUAGAAUCUUAUUUUUGCAUGGUUUGUGCAUAGACGAAAGCGGCUCGUAAAUUCAAGUUAAAAUGGCGGGUUUAUGAGGUCUAGCUCAAGUGGCAUGAGUGGGAUUGGUGGAUCAGAGAAGAUAAAUAAUCAAAAGUGUAUAGGUUCGUCCAAUCUUCACGACCACGAGUUUCGUUCUCAUCAUUUGACAAAGAAAGCAACUUCCUUCGUCCCGGUUUGAUCAGCGACCAAUGGCUUACCCAUUGUAAGACCUGGGUUGGGUCCUAUGAUCAACCAAUGACCAGUUUUCCCCAUGCAACGAACCUAGCACACUUGAGCGUCAGUGUCAGUGGGUUGGGGAGAGAGAGAGAGAGAGAGAGAGUGUUCCAUUUCAGCUAGUUGGGACGACAGUUACGAAGAAAGGAUAGUUUGGGAUAGCGUAAACGAGGUAUAGCAGUCCUUGCCGACUAACUGUUUGAUGCUUUGCUCCUUAGACAACAACAACUCUCUUUGCUCUAAUCUAGAUAUAAUACUUGACCCCCGUUAGUCUUCGAAAUUGCACGGCUUGGUCUUUACUACUUUGUAGUGGCGGUCUCAACCGACCUCCGUGAUGUUCUUCAAGAGAGGAAUCACAUUUGCUUCAGUAGUAUAUCCGCAUUUCCUUUCGAGGGCUCGUAGUUUUGGCCCCAAGUCCAACACCACCAUUCCCAUUCUCCAUCGUUCUGAACAAGUUUCUAAUUAUUCAAGUAGCUUUCAUCUUUCUCCGCUGUUCCCUUCCGAUGCUAAACCCCAUUCCGACAGCUAUGAUAUUGAGCUUGUUGACCAUGAUGCAUGGCUGGUUUCAUCGGGUUUGGCACUAGCAGGGCGUGGAACGGAGGGGACUGCGUCGGAAUCCAGUUACUUAUCGGAGGAAGUGGUUGAUGAACCGGUUGAUAAUUGCUCUCUACCUGUCGAGGGUGACCCAGAUUUUGAUGACAUUGAUAAUAUGAGGAUUCGAGGCAGUCUUUUCUAUAAACUUGACCGCAAUUCCAAAGAGUUUGAAGAGUAUAAUUUCGACUUUCAUCGUAGGAAGAAGUCUUCUAAGCAGAAGGAUGAUCCAAAGGAAAUUAAAAGGAAGAGUAAUGAGCUCAAAGAAAGCAAAACAGACAGCCGAAUUCGGGAUUUAUUCUCUAGAAGUGAGAAACAAGGUAGAAUUGCCAACAAUUCUCAGCUUGAUGAAAUGGACACUGCUUGUGUUGGGAAGAAGAAGCUGAGGACUCCGACUUAUAACCAGCUAACAGGUCCUUUCCAUGAGCCGUUUUGCCUGGACAUUUACAUAUCGAAGGCGUCUGUUCGUGCUUGCAUUAUUCACCGAGUGACCAGUAAGGUUGUUGCUGUGGCCCAUUCCAUAUCAAAAGACAUGAAAUUUGACCUUGGUUCGACUAGGAACGCAGCUGCUUGUGCUGCUGUUGGGGCAGUUCUGGCUCAGAGGGCAUUGGGUGACGAUAUCCACGAUGUGAUUUACACACCAAGGAAAGGGGAGAGAUUGGAAGGCAAGCUUCAAAUUGUGCUUCAGUCUAUCAUUGAUAAUGGCAUUAAUGUGAAGGUGAAGUUAAAGCAAAUAACAAGGAAGAAACCCAGUUCCUCAUAUUCAGCUUAGGAGCACAUGGUUUGCUAUAUGAGAUAUAAAAGCUGGCUUAGCCAAUUCAACAACAAAAGUUCUCUGCUUUGAAAUGACUUUCCGGGGAGCUAAAGCAAUCAGCCUGAUGGUGUAAGAUACAGGCAAACAUGGCACUUUAUCGUGUUCAUCGCAGGCACUUAAUUCCCUAGCAUUGUUAAUACAAAUUUAGGAUCAUCUUGCCAUAUCUCUUGUGGAACUAUUGGUCUAAAUUUCCUUCUUUGUAAUCUAUAAAUUAUGAUGAUAAUUUUUUUUCUC